UCCAUUUCCAUCCUAGGCACUGUUUCUAUUUCUGUGCCCAGUUCAUGCAAUUGCUUGGCACGCACUGGUAUUUAUGGUUGGCGUCGUGCAUGUCACAUGCGCCCUCAGGACUCCGCAGUGAAGAGCCCCUUGGUCAGGAGGUUUGGAGCUGCUGACGCCUCCGGGUGGAAGAGGUAUUGGAGACAGGGCUGGGGAGCUGUCGAGGCCAUUCCUUGGGAAUUCUCGUGUAGAAGUUCUUGGACAAUGUCCCGUUGUUGUGAUAACCUACUGUGGGAUGUAAGAAAACGUUCUAUUGGAUUGCAUGAACCAUCUGCUCUUCGUAUCAACUAUUUAGGAAGAAGAGAAUUUAUUCAACGACUUAAACUGGAAACAACUCUGAAUGUACACGAUGGCUGUGUGAAUACAAUUUCUUGGAACAGUACAGGUGAAUACAUUCUUUCUGGCUCAGAUGACACCACUUUAGUCAUUUGUAAUCCUUACAAUAAAAAGGUAUUGACGCAAAUUCGUUCUAGUCACAGAGCUAACAUUUUCAGCGCAAAGUUCCUGCCACUUACAAAUGAUAAGCAAAUUAUAUCAUGCUCAGGUGAUGGAGUUAUUUGCUAUACAAAUCUUGAAAAAGAUGCAGAGACAAAUAGACAUUGCCAAUUUACUUGCCAUUAUGGAACUGCAUAUGAGAUCAUGACUGUACCAAAUGAUCCCUAUACUUUUCUUUCUUGUGGUGAAGAUGGCACUGUAAGGUGGUUUGAUGUUCGAAUGAAAACUAGUUGCACAAAAGAGGACUGUAAAGAUGAUAUUAUAAUCCAUUGCCGACGUGCAGCUACAUCAAUAGCUGUAUGUCCUUCAGCACCGUAUUACCUUGCAGUUGGAUGUUCAGAUAGUUCUGUGAAAAUAUAUGAUCGCCGUAUGCUUGGAACAGGCAAUUACUCAAAUCGUGGAAUCAUGGGAAUGUGUGUACGAUUUACACCCCCACAUCUUGCAAACAAAUCUUGUCGUGUCACCUCUCUGUGCUAUAGUGAAGAUGGGGCGGAGGUCCUUGUGAGCUACUCAUCAGAUUAUAUAUAUUUAUUUGAUCCAAAGGAAGAUGAAGCAAAAGAACUUAAGUUUACGUCGGUCAAUCAGAAGCGAGAAGAGGUACCACAACCUCCACUUAAGCGCCUCAGGUUAAGAGGAGACUGGUCAGAUACAGGACCCAGAUCAAGACCUGAAAGAGAACGAGAAAGAGAUGGUGACCAAGUAACAAAUGCUUCAUUAAUGCAAAGAAUGUCUGACAUGCUUUCAAGAUGGUUUGAAGAGGCAAGUGAAGUUGCUCAAAGAGGAAGAGGAAGAAAUCAAAACAGAGGUGGUCUACAGUCAAACGCACCAGUAGACUCUACAAACACAAGUACAGAGUCGGAGGCAUCUGCAGAAUCAGAUAAGUCUGAUCUAAAUGUCAAUCCAUCUCCCAUUAAUCUUGAUGAAAGUUCAUCUGCCGGAAGUAUGCAACAACAGUCAUCAUCUUCAUCGGAUAAAUCCAGUGCUCCUUCUGGGGGUCUACAGUCAAACGCACCAGUAGACUCUACAAACACAAGUACAGUGUCGCAGGCAUCUACAGUAUCAGAUAAGUCUAAUCUAAAUGUCAAUCCACCUCCCAUUAAUCUUGAUGAAAGUUCAUCUGCCGGAAGUAUGCAACAACAGUCAUCAUCUUCAUCGGAUAAAUCCAGUGCUCCUUCUGAUUCUACUUCUAUGAUUAGCAAACACCUUGGAUCUAUGUCACUUGAUGAAAGACCGGAAAACGCUAUAUUCAGUCCAGAAACUGAGACAAGUGAACCUGUAUUACAAUUACACUACAGUACAAAAGGAACUACCACAAGUACAAUAAGACUGGACUUCACAGAUGAAUGGAGUAACACUGCAUCAAGUUCAGUGGCUGUGAAAGUUGGAUACACAAAUGAUUCUUCAACGCUUUAUCCUGCUCCAACUAAUGUAAUGGAAGCCGCCGCACAGUAUGAACCUGAUAAUCUGGAGAACAGCCCUACUGAAAGCCAAAAGGCACCAAAUGCAGCCUCAGAUGCAGAAGUGCAUCUUGAAACGUCUCAGAAUCUGUUGCAAACAGAGCCUCAAACUGCAUCUUCUGAGAACUUUGAAGCAGAGAGUGAUGAUGACACAGUCCGGUUACCACCAAGAGCGCAGUCACAAAACAGAUUAAGUGUCGGAGGGCCUCCAGUAAGUGAUAGAUUAACAAGGAGAUCUGCUGCAGCUCGUAUUCAAGAGCUAUUUAGAAGAAGAAAAGAGCGAAAGGAGUUGGAAGAAAUAGACAUGCAAAACAUUCGACAGCCUCCUUCCAAACUUGUGUACAAGGGUCAUAGGAACUCACGAACUAUGAUUAAAGAAGCUGGUUUUUGGGGUAAGAACUUUGUCAUAAGUGGUUCUGACUGUGGUCACAUCUUCAUCUGGGAUCGACACACCACUGAGCAUUUAAUGCUCUUAGAAGCAGACAAUCAUGUUGUAAACUGUCUUCAACCACAUCCCUAUGACCCAAUUUUAGCAUCAUCUGGAAUAGACUACAACAUAAAGAUCUGGUCACCACUGGAACAAGACAAGUCUUUUAACUGGGCACUUGCUGAAGAGGUUAUUUCACGUAAUGAAUUAAUGUUGGAGGAAACUCGAAACACCAUUACAGUGCCUGCCUCUUUCAUGCUCCGAAUGUUAGCUUCACUAAACCAUAUCAGAGCAGGUUAUCUUCAUGGAACAUAAAAUACCCAGAAUCAAUACAGAUAGAGCAGAACAGAGAACAGAAGGUAUUGCUCAAGAUAAUUCUAGUGAAGAGGAGUGAUGCUGUUCACAUUAUAUAUACCUAACAUUUACAGAAUAUUAUUCUUUAUUGUUAAGUAUUGCUAAAAUAUGUACCAAAUAUUCACAGUUUUCUCUUUAUAAGUUUUAAGGAACUAAUUAUAUAACAAUUUUCUCUAAGGCUACUUUCAUCACUUGCGGCAGAGGAUUUCGGCAGGCAGUUCUGUCGCUGGAACUGCCUGCCAGAUCCGGCAAUCCAGACCAAAACGGAAGCAUUUGUCAAACGGAUACGUCUGACAAAUGCAUUGAAAUACCGGAUCUGUCUCUCCGGUGUCAUCCGGAAAAACGGAUCCAGUAUUAUUAUUUUUUUCACCGAUUUAAAGGUCUGCGCAUGCAUGGACGGGAAGAACUGAUCUGUCAAUGUAGCAAUUUUAAUGCCGUAAUACAUUUCAAAUUAAUGCCCGAUCCGGCAUUCCGACAAGUGUUCAGGAUAUUUCGACGAAGAGAAAAAUGCAGCAUGCUGCGGUAUUUUCUCUGGCCAAAAAAACAUAAGAGGGACUGAACUGAAUACCGGAAAAGAAAACCACUAGUGUGAAAGUACCCUAAGAAUGGAGUGGAAAUGGUGUAUUCAUUUAAAUUUGUAAUAUGUUUAUUAUACAUUUGUGUUUUAUUUUCAUCCCAAACUGUUGUACUGAUUUUCACUUUAUGCUAUACACUUUGUUUUUAUAGUUUAUCUUGAAAUGAGAAGAAGUAAUAAAAUAAAAUCUCCAUAAUUGGUAUUAAUUGGUAUAAAGUAUUACUACAAGAUAUAAUAUGUGCAGAUUAAAAUAAUAAUAAUAAUAUGUACCGUAAUGCUUGCAGCCACAUAUACUGUCACUUACAUUGACUUCCAAAGAAUUUUUUUUCACAUAGCUUAAAAUUCACAUUAUCACAUUGGAAAAAUCCACAGAGCCACAGCAGAAAUCUGUUAACCCUAUGGUUAACCCAUGGUUUUCUGGUUUAACAUGAUGCAGAUCUGCAUGCAGUUACUUGGGUGCAGUCUCCACAUGCAUUUCACAGAAAUUUCUCUUCAAGAAUAGACAUGCCCAAUUUUAAUGCAGAUUUCCAAUCCAUAUUAAAAUAAACUAUGUCCAUGUGAACAACAGUGCAGAUUUGUAUUAUAAACAAUGGAUUUCACAGAUUUCUAUCAAUUUUUUAACUUCCUUUGUGAACAUACUGUUGACUUACUAACUAGAGUAUUGUCUGUUCAAAUAUGGUAUUGUCUAUUCACUCUAUAAAUUGUAUAAAGAUUUAUACCUUUAUUACUGAAGCAGAGAAAUUAUUGUGUAGCUCUGUACAAAAGGUGAGAUGUCUCUUGCACCCUAGGAGUUGCUGCUGGCAUAAUCAAAUGACAAUUUGUUGACAAAAAUAAAACAUUAAACACUUAAAAUCAGGAUAGAUUUUUUAUGUUUUUUCUGUAAUGCAUAAUUCUGAGUAGUAAUACAUAUAAAGUUGGUUCUGAGAUCAUCCAUUCAUUCAUCCAGUCAGAAGCUUUUAGACAGAGAUUGGUGACUUUGGUCAUACCGAUUUAAAAAAAUAAAAAUGCAUGAAAUAGUGUAUAUAUUUUGUGGUUUCCGGUAGUAAUUACUGGGUCUCCUACUUUUCCCUAUUGGACACAGCAAUAGGUUUCAAUUAAACACACACAAAAAUAAACUUUAAUUUCAGUUGGACUCUCAGCAAAGACCUUGCGUAAAAGGGUUGUCCAAUCCCAAAAAACUAUGUUAGUUAUGACUGGGAGAGUGUUUAGAAAAAAGGCAUUCAGCUAUUCACCGCUGCCCUAUUCCAUCACCGAGGCUCCUAUUCUUUCUGAUAUCUAUGAAUAAGUGGAUUCAUGAUUGUGUGUACUGCUGCAGCCCUUUCCUGGCUUCAGCAGUUGCAUGUCCACAAGUUGCACAUGACCGCUUAGGGACACAUUUAUUAGUAAGGCCAGUGAAUGGCUACAACAUUGUAUGUGACCACAGACGGAUGUUAUUUUACAGGAAGAGAACAACAAAAAUAACAGAAGUUCUAGAUAUGACACAUAACUGACAUGAUCGGGCUGAACAGUCCUUACUGACUAUAAUUGAGUCAAUUUAGUUUCAGUUUGAGGCACAGGUUUUUACCAGACCUUUUUGUCCAGUCUAUUUUGACGGAAUCUGCAACUGAUUCCCUGAACUGAUUCUCCAACGCAGAUGUGGACAUGCCCAUGUAUCAUACAUGUAAACUAUGUAAAUGUUUUCUGGCAGCUUCUCAGGUCUGUUUGGGAAAACAUCCCCAGUUACUAAUGUGUAUUUAUAUUUUAAAUAAACUUCAUAUAACAUGUUUAGAGAUAAACAUAUCUUGCAAUUUAUAUAUAUAUAUGUCAUGUUUGUUAUUUAUGUUUAGUUUUUACAUAUGACUUGUAUUGUUGCAUUUAUAAUAUAUAGCUAAAACAUUAAGAAAAUGCACUUUAACAUGAAUGAUAUUAUAUUUAAUUUUCUGCUCUGAGGUUUUUUUCUAUCUAGUUAAAAAACUUUUCCAAUAGUUUGGUUUAAUGAUUAUAAGAACAAAUUACAUGAUUUCUUAUAUUCUCUGUAGUCAUAACUCAUAAAAAAAAAUGUUAAAUAGUCAGGUUUUGUUGGAGAUUCAGGGGGCUUGCAGAAACAGUCAAAACAGACCCAGUGUAUGCAAGCCCUUAUAUUAAAUAUAAACUACAACUGCAUGACUAUUCAGAGGUAAUAAGCAUAUAGUGUGCACAGUAUUAUAACACAAUUUUAAACAAAGUGACAACUCAGCCAGAUUAUACAAGAUCAUAUUGCUAAGGCUGUUCUCCAGCAGCAUAAUGCUAUGGUGGUAGUUUAGGGAAGAAAAACAACUGCCAGGUUCCCUUUAACUACUAGUGGUUGAUGUUGCAUGCUGCAUUUAGAAAAAUCUUAAUUUCAAAACUUGCUGCUAAACAUUGGCAGCUUAAUGUUAUAGGGCCACUGGGCUUCAAGGCACCCAUCCAGAAUUCUGAUUGUAUUUUAUAAAAUAAAAUAAAAAGAAAUAUUGCUGAUUUGUAUAAUGUGCAUUGUUCCUGUGGUAUAUAUAAUAA